AGUAUUCAAGGAAGAGGUGGAGCCGGCGGGUUUCAGGGAAAUAGAAAUCGGAGUUGUUAUUUUCCACGUUUUUGUUUGUCUGUGGACGUGAAUUUACUGCAAGGUAGCGAAAUUCAGACCUGAAUUGAAAAUACAUGGAUUGUAUUAACGCCAAAUAUGUCUCUCAAAAAAUCAGCAAAACAAGAUGGAGACCGGUCUCUUCUGCAUCCCUACAUCUGCCCGACAUAUUCGCUACAGGGUCAUGGGACAACGAGGAUAACAAAGUUUCAAUCUGGUCUAUUGGAGAGCAUGGAGUCUCUAGCAUGGACGAUGAGUUUGAAGGAGAUCCUCAGUUACUUUGCGACUAUAAGCAUAACGGAGAUGUACUGGACCUUCAAUUUCUGGACCAAGAGAGAAUCGUUACAGCCUCCUCAACUGGAGCAGUGACUAUCUUUCGUCACCAUCAAAAUAGCCAGACCAUGUCUAUGGCACAUCAGUGGGAUAGGGCUCACCACUACCCUUGUGACGAUGCUCCAUGCACAGGGUUGGUAUGCCACAGCCCUGAAAUUGUGACGGUUGGGGAAGAUGGGAGGGUCAAUCUCUUCCGGGCGGACCACAAAGGAAUCCUGCGUACUAUCGAGAAUGCCGACAGCAGUACAAUCCAUGCUGUGACUUUCCUGAGAACAACAGAGGUCCUCACUGUCAAUUCCUUUGGUCAGCUGAAACUGUGGGACCUCAGGCAACAGGGCAAUGAACCCUCACAUAUCCUUUCCCUGACUGGGAAUAGAGUUCCUCUACACUGUGUGGACCGACAUCCCAACCAGCAGCACAUUGUGGCAACGGGGGGGCAGGACGGAAUGCUCUGCCUGUGGGAUGUGAGACAGGGAACUAUGCCCUUGUCCAUGAUGGAGGCACAUUCUGCUGAAAUGUGGGAAGUCCACUUCCAUCCAUCGAACACAGACCAUUUGUUCACGUGCUCAGAGGACGGCUCCUUGUUGCAUUGGGAAAGUUCCACUAGUUCCUCGGUGCCAUCCUUCUUACAAGGUGGUCGAAACACCAGCGUCAUGUCUCGCAGUGCAGUUGCUCCAGGCGAUGGGAACCUGUCCCUGACCAGUGGUUGGUUGAGUGGAGACUCCAGUAAGGGCCAUCUGGAGACUACACACAUGUUGCCAAGCCAGACCCUGUCCGUGAACAGUCUGGAUGUGCUGGACCAGUGUCUUGUCUGUGGAACUGACGGAGAGGCCAUAUACAUCAACAGACAGGUUCCACUGUAGAAUGAAGAGUGCUUCUUGGUGCAAUGGACUUUAAUUCAGCUUAUUUCCUGAGCAGUUUAUAUGACUGUUUUCAUAACUUGUGCAUAAGUUUCUUUUUUUUCCUUUUUUUGGUUGUUCAUUCAGUAUUCAUCUGAUGGACAUGGUCAAAGACCCAUAAAAAAUGUUUGUCAUUAUGUUGCAAUGUUUGGAAUAAUUUUGAUAUACAAUGUAAAGACUUCAGUAUUGUUAUGUUUUCAAAGCAGAUGGAAAAACAAAAAUCCUGAAAAGCUACAUUCACAGUCAUGUUUGAUGAUUUAUGUUUCAUUCAUCUCCUUACUAGAGAAAUAAAUAUUUUAAUAUGUUCA